CCGCCAUAGGCCGUCCACAAAGUAGCCGCCGAGCGGUGGGCGUUUAGCAUGGCGGCGGCGUCCACGACGGCAACGAUCCUCCGGGAAAGUCUGAGCGUCAAGAAAGCCGUCUCACUGAUUAAUACAAUAGAUACAGGAAGAUUUCCUCGAUUGCUUUCCCGCAUCCUCCAGAAACUUCAUUUGAAGGCCGAGAGCAGUUUUAGUCAAGAAGAAGAAGAAAAGCUUCAAGUUGCUUUUUCCUUAGAGAAGCAAGAUCUUCACCUAGUUCUCGAAACAAUAUCAUUUAUUUUGGAGCAGGCUGUCUAUCACAGCGUGAAGUCAGCAGUUCUGCAGCAACAGUUAGAGAGCAUACACCUCGAGCAAGACAAAGCAGAAGCUUUUGCUCAAGCUUGGGCCAGUAUGGGUCAAGAUACCAUUGAGAAGUUCAGACAGAGGAUUUUGGCACCCCAGAAGCUUGAGACAAUUGGAUGGCAACUUAACCUUCAGAUGGCUCAGUCUAGUCAAGCGAAACUGAAAUCUCCUCAAGCUGUGCUAGAACUUGGAGUGAACAAUGAAGAUUCAAAGAAGCUGGAGAAAAUUCUCAUGGAAUUCAGUCACAGGGAGCUGUUUGAGUUCUAUAACAAGCUGGAGACUAUACAAGCACAGCUGGAUUCUCUUACAUGAUGUUUUUGAAGACUGGUUUCUCCAUUGCACUCCUGCCACCUCAUUAUUUUGUAUUGAAGAUAGAUUGCCAAGAUGUGUUUGAAGGAUUCAAAGGUUUUCUUCCUAUAAAAUCAUAUGGCUUAUCUCCUUUUAGACCUGUAACAUUAGCCAAGGGAGAUCAUUGUUAAGAGUGCUGGGGUUCUAAUUGACUUUCUCUUGUCUGAGGCAGCAGCUUUUGUAAGAACACUUUUAUCUGAGGGGGGGAAUGGUGAAUAACAUAUUGUUUUACAGUUCUUUUGCUGCAUUAUUGCCCAGAUUGUUUCUUUCUGACUUGCUUGAUGCCAGCUUAUGUGUUAUUGUGGGACCAAGGAUAAAAUCUAUAGUAAUGAGUUAACUGAAUGUAAACCUUUAGGAGGCACAUUAGAACAACUAAUAGAGAUUUAGCACACACACAAUCAAGCAUCUAUCCCUCAGGUAUUAACCCUGGUGCGUAAUGAGUAUGACUUAUGAUUGGAAACGAAUAGGGAAGAAAACAGAGCCAGAAAAUUCAUGAAAUUGUGGUUUGGGAGUGUUUGCAUUUUGCUUUUGAGAUUUCGUGUUGGUUUUGAUUUGUCUUUUUUGCUAAGUUAGAUAGCUGUGUAUUCUCUCCAGGAGUAUGUGCACGUCUCUUUUUCCUAGGAAUGAAUAUUUAGCAUCAUACCCUUGGAGGUGGGAUUACGUCACUUUAAAAGGUGGGAACUAGAAGGUUGAAUGACCUUGUGGACCAUUCCUAAUCUAGCCAUUGCUUUCUUUUUAGUUAUGGUAAUGCUCUGAGUCAAUAAAAUGUGCGUAUCAUUAGCACCAGGUGAACCAAAGUUCAUAGCACCUGAUGCUCUGUGAAAGCUUAAUUGGCUUCUUUGUGCAUAUUUGUUUUCUGCCAGAGAAUGGCAACAUUAGUCGGGUUCAUAAAAAAAAAAGCUUUCACUCUGAACAAAUCUCAGGUGAAAAGAGACAGAAACUCAAGAUGCGAACAAUGACUUUUUUUUUUGCAUAAGGGACCCAGCAUACAACAUUUUUCACUUUGUUUUUCAGAACAAUUCUCUACAAUUAAUAGCCUGGGCAUUGACAUUGUCAGUAUUCUUCACUGUGACAGGUCUGUGGUUGUGGGUAAUGUGAGUUUUGAGUGUCUCUAAAAUAAACUUUGAAAAUCUGAAA